CAAUUUAUAGUUGAUGGGUGGUUGUAAUUACUCAAACAUGAGGAGGUCUUUUCGCAAUUUAAUCAUACUUCAGGGCUGGUUGUAAUUUACAUGAAAAAUAAAAUGAGAGAAAUUAAAAUAAUAUAUUAUAUAUGUAAAUCAUAAUUGUACAUGGCCCAGAAAUUUGUUGAAUGAUAACGUUGACUUGCAAAGAAGUCUCCAUUCGUAUCAUAAAUUUUACUUCUGUUGCGUUUCUCCUCCUUUCACUCAUGGCGGCAACCAAACAAGAACAAGUCAAUCCCUCCGCCACCGCCGCCGCCGCACCACCACCACCAAUCUUCAUCUCCACCGCCUCGCUCCACUCGCUAAUCACCCACGAAUCCCUGAUCCGUCACCUCCAAUCCGCCCUCCCAUCACUCUCCGCCGCCGUCCAAUCACCGCUCCGCCACGCCCACCAGACAAGCGCCGCCUCAUCAUUCCUCCUCAUGCCUUGUUGGUCCACCUCCCCUUCCCUCCCCUACAUCGGCACCAAGCUGGUCACCCACCACCCCAACAACUCAGCUCUAAACUUACCCGGAGUCCAAGCCAUCUUCGUCCUCUUCAACUCCCUCACCGGCCACCCGCUCGCCUUCAUGGACGCCACCGCCCUCACCCUCUACCGCACCGCCGCCGUCUCCGCCCUCGCCUCCCUUUACCUAUCCAGAGAAAACUCAGAAACCCUCGUCAUGAUCGGCGCCGGUUCUCUAGCCCCACAUCUCAUCAAGGCUCAUUUGUCGGUCAGGCCAAACAUCAAACAGGUGGUGGUCUGGAACAGAACACCCGAAAAAUCAAAAACCCUCGUCGAAAAUCUGAGGAAAGAGUGCAACGGAAUCGCCGGGCUCUCCUUCGAGAGCAACGGGUGUUUGGAGGAGGCGGUGCAGGGCGGCGAUAUCAUAAGCUGCGCCACCAAUUCGGAGGUGCCGCUAGUUAAGGGCGCAGAUCUGAAGGCAGGAGCGCACUUGGAUUUGGUGGGAUCGUUCACGCCGUCGAUGAGGGAGUGCGAUGACGAGGCGGUGAGAAGGGGGAGAGUGUUUGUGGAUAACGAGGCGGCGGUGGCGGAGGCGGGAGAAUUGGUGGGGGCUUUAGAGAGAGAAGUGAUGAGAGAGAGUGAGAUUUUGGGGGAUUUGGUGGAGUUGAUCAAGGGGGAGAAGAAAAUUGGGAGGAGGAGUUUGGAAGAGAUAACUGUGUUUAAAUCAGUUGGUUCUGCUGUGGUUGAUCUUUUGACUGCACAGAUGGUUUAUGAGAAUUAUUUGGAUAAUCUGGUAAUUAAUUAAUUAAUUAAUUAAUUAAUUAGGCAGCUUUGAUUUGUUGCUGAGGUUUCUACUACUGUAAUAAAACUUGUUGGGUUGUUCUUCUUCAUUGAUGCAUUGUUAAGAUUUACCAGUUUCAUGUUUCUUGUAACAAACUGAGUUUAAGGUGAACUGUGAUCUUUUUUUUUUUAAC